AAGAAGAAGCAAAGGAUGAAAUGGUUACGACGCAUGGCGCACCGCAGUUGUUAUAAUAAACAAAACAAGUGGUUUCGAUCGUUGGCGGCCAAAACCAAAAUUAUCAGUGAAAAUGAAUAAGCCAGGAACAUAUGCUACUACCAGGGCUGUUACAGAGUAAACGGGAAAUGUUCUUCAAGUCGGAAGGCGGCAGCGGGGGCGGGUCGGGCGGGGGCGGCCCGGGGGGGCCUCUGAGCGCCCCAUCGACAGCCCCUCCCGCCCCUCCUGUCACAUCUCCUGCGACAGCGCCUCCUCCACCCCCCACCGCCACCACCACAUCCACCACCGGCACGACUCAACCGGCCAGCGUGGCCUCUAUCAAGGAACAGCUACUCACCCCCAAGGAACGCAAGGAGCACAAAGAUGAAGAGAACAAGGAGAAUAAAUUAGUGAAAGAAAUGGUGAAGGAGCGACGCCCCCGAGAGGUUGAUGGCUACGUUGGUUUUGCCAAUCUGCCCAACCAGGUGUAUCGUAAAGCAGUCAAGAGAGGAUUCGAAUUCUCGCUCAUGGUGGUCGGUGAGAGUGGAUUAGGCAAAAGUACUCUUAUCAAUUCCAUGUUUCUCUCUGACAUAUACUCAAAUGAUCAUCCCGGACCAUCACACAGAGUAAAAAAGACUGUUGCGGUUGAAACUACCAAAGUUCUUUUGAAAGAGAAUGGUGUGAACUUGAUGCUCACUGUUGUAGAUACUCCAGGGUUUGGGGAUGCAGUUGACAAUAGCGAUUGCUGGCAGCCAGUAACGGAUUAUGUGGAAAAUAAAUAUGAAGAAUACCUCAACUGUGAAUCUAGAGUUAAUAGAAAACAAAUUAGUGAUAGUAGGGUACAUUGUUGCCUUUAUUUUAUUGCUCCUUCUGGUCAUGGCCUUAAACCCUUAGAUGUAGAAUUCAUGAGACGCCUACAUGACAAAGUAAAUAUUAUUCCUGUUAUAUCAAAAGCAGACACAUUAACGCCGGAUGAAUGUCAACACUUAAAAAAACAGGUACUUAAUGAAAUUGCACAACACAAGAUAAAAAUCUAUGAAUUUCCUGAAGAGGAGGGAGACACCAAUGCCCUUAAAAUGAAACAACGAGUACCAUUUGCUGUUGUUGGGUCCAAUACGAUAGUAGAAGUAGACGGAAAGAAAGUACGAGGCCGAAAAUAUCCUUGGGGCAUUGUUGAAGUUGAAAAUAUGGAGCACUGUGACUUUAUUCCUCUUCGUAACAUGUUGAUCCGCACACACAUGCAAGACUUGAAGGAUGUUACUAACAAUGUCCAUUAUGAAAAUUAUCGUUGCCGAAAAUUGGGUGGUAUCACUGGAAAUGAUGGAAAGUUGAAAAUGUCCAAUAGCCCUUCAUGCCCGCAAAGGACACUGAACACUUGUGUAACAGUUUGGAACCCUCUAGCUCAAAUGGAAGAAGAAAAAGCAGAACAUACCAGUCGCAUGAAGAAAAUGGAAGCCGAAAUGGAACAGGUGUUUGAAAUGAAGGUCAAGGAGAAGAUGGCUAAAUUGAAUGAGUUGGAAGCUGAUUUACAAAAAAGAAAUGAAUCAGUCCGGAAAAAGCUUGAAUCUGAUGUUGCCGAGUUGGAUGAAGAGAGAGAACGGUUUGAAAGAGAUAAAAAGGCUUGGGAGGCUGCAAAUGGUGUCACAGUAGAAGAACUUCGACGGAAAUCCCUGGAAUCAAUCAGCAGAGAGACCUCCUCCCUGGCGUCUUCCAGCAGUGCUUCGGGUAGCUCUCAGAAGAGCUCCCCAAAGUUCUCCCGUACCUACUCUCUUCCCAGGCAUAAAUUCAAACAGAAUGAACAGUGUAACCAGCAGUAAUUGAAGAUAUAGAAGAUGAGUUGCUGUCCUGUUGAUUGCGGCUCUGUUAUUUAACCUUUAGGAAAAGGAAAAUAUCAGAUUAAUAUGUGUCAUGGUAAAUUAAGAUUCAGAAACAUUUAUCACAUUCCUGGGUGAACAAUUGGCAUUGUAUCUAACAUCAAAACAAAGUAUUGCAUGCAACAU